GUCAGCCAGUGUGGCAUGUACUGAGCAUUGCGUGCAGCGGCCUCACGGACCGGUACAGACAAACCAUCCAAGAUGUCUUCCUCCAUGGGCAGCGGGAUGUUCCCCGGCCAGCAGCCCGCUGGUCCUCACCCUGUCGGCGGCCCGGGUCAGCCGGGACUACUGCCCGGAGGAGCUCCAGGGAACAGGGUCCAGGGCCCCAACACUCUGGUAGACGACCUGGAGGCUUCUUUCGAGGCUUGCUUUGCUUCCCUAGUGAGUCAAGACUACGUGAACGGAACCGACCAGGAGGAAAUUCGGACAGGUGUGGAUCAGUGUAUUCAGAAGUUUCUGGAUGUUGCCAGACAGACAGAAUGUUUCUUCCUGCAGAAGCGUCUUCAGCUAUCAGUCCAGAAACCUGAGCAGGUGGUCAAAGAGGAUGUGUCUGAGCUGCGGAAUGAACUCCAGAGGAAAGAGCUGCUGGUCCAGAAACACCUGUCUAAGCUUCACCACUGGCAGCAGGUUCUGGAGGAUGUCAGUGUCCAGCAUCGUAAACCGUCAGACCUCCCGCCACCUGGACCCCUGGCCUUUCUGGAACAGGCCUCCGCUAGCCUGCCCCCUGCACCACUCAAACAGACCUAACACAGGCCUCCGCUAGCCUGCCCCCUGCACCACUCAAACAGACCUAACACAGGCCUCCGCUAGCCUGCCCCCUGCACCACUCAAACAGACCUAACACAGGCCUCCGCUAGCCUGCCCCCUGCACCACUCAAACAGACCUAACACAGGCCUCCGCUAGCCUGCCCCCUGCACCACUCAAACAGACCUAACACAGGCCUCCGCUAGUCUGCCCCCUGCACCACUCAAACAGACCUAACACACACCUCCGCUAGCCUGCCCCCUGCACCACUCAAACAGACCUAACACAGGCCUCCGCUAGUCUGCCCCUGCACCACUCAAACAGACCUAACACAGGCCUCCGCUAGCCUGCCCCCUGCACCACUCAAACAGACCUAACACAGGCCUCCGCUAGCCUGCCCCCUGCACCACUCAAACAGACCUAACACAGGCCUCCGCCAGCUCUGCCCCUGCACCACUCAAACAGACCUAACACAGGCCUCCGCUAGCCUGCCCCCUGUACCACUCAAACAGACCUAACACAGGCCUCCGCUAGUCUGCCCCCUGCACCACUCAAACAGACC